CCCAUACGGAUAGUUACAGCCACACGCGCAUCUUUUAAUUUUCUGUGAAAUCCAGAGCUCCGACGAACGGCAUCACAUAUUUGGGAACGCAAAUUUAAGGGUUUCAAGAAUCAGAGAGUAAUUCCUUCCUUUCUACCGAAAUUCAGCAAAAACCCAAAUUCUCAGAGAGAGAGAGACAAUGUUGAAGUUCCUCUCGCAAGUGAGGAUCGAGUUCAAUGCAUUGGACCCACGCACAGCUUCGUGCAUGGAGUUCUUGGCGCAGUGCAACGCUCCCAAGGCCAAGGAGUCCAAUCCCAGCUGCGCCGUCCAGGUCAAGCGCCGCACCGACGACGAGCCGCUCAAGAUCAUCGUCACCUUCGCCAACGGAGUCAAGGAGGUCUUCGACGCCACUGCCAUGCCCGCUCAGAGCAUCAGGACCAUGAUUCUUGAGAAGGGUCGUAUGCUUGAGACCGAGCAGAUGUUCCACGAUGUCAGUGUGGCCUGGCCGGUGCUUAUUCUGGCGGAGGAGCUCACCCAGCCGGUGCCUGGUACCAAGGUGCGUGUUUCUGUUGCCCUUGUUCUUUUUUUUGCUUUGGAUUUAGAGGCUGUUAGCUCACUGUGGCAUUUCGUCGAACAUGUUAUGUGCAUUGAUGAAUGAAUGGAAAUUGGGUCUGAUAUAUGAAUUUGAUUAGACUUUGCAGCCUUCUGUCAUCGUUCAUUGUUAUGUAACCAUUAGUAUUUGUAAAUUUGAGGUUGAAUUUAUAUUUGAUGUAAAGCUUAGGUU